AUGUCGAAAAAUGAGAAAUCACCAUUAUAUAAAAUUUCAAGGUUCGACCACAAGUCUGAUAAAGAUAUUCUUUCAGAUUUUAAAUUAACAAAAUCCAAAUCAUUAGCAAAAAUAGACACCAAUAUAAAAGAUCUUGAACGAUCUAUACAUAGAUCAUAUUUUUCUCAUUCCCGCCUUUAAUUAGACAAAGUAUCUGCAAAUUUCCAUUUUUGAGUAAAAAACCUUUUAAUUGAAAGAAGUUUUUAUUAUAGCUAAUAAAUUAUUCAUAUGCAAAUAGUAAUUUAUAGUUGCAAAAAUCAAAAAUUUUACUAUAACUCUUUAUAUUUUAAAUUGAGGAACGAGCAACAAAUACUAUUUAAAAAAGGUCAGCAUUCGAGCCGAUAAAUUUCACAAAUUUAUUGAGAAACAAUUUUAUAUAAUUUUUUAUUUUAAAAAAAAUUAAUCUCCUAGACUGAAACAGAAUUUUUUUUGCUCAUUUUUAAAGGGGAUAUCAGAAUAAUAGUCCCGCACACUCAAAAUACUGCAUGGAAAACCUAUCUUUUUAUGAGAGGCAAUAUAUUAGUGGCCCUGAAUCUCCAAGAUUUAAUUCCAGGUUAAAGAAAAACCCGAUCAAUAAAUCAUUAGUUAUGAGAGAAACAGAAAAAAAGCUCAAUAAACUUUCAUCAUUAAAGCCACCUUCAAAAUUUACUGUCAGCAAAACUAUUGGCUUAACUUUAUUAGAUGAUUUGAAAACCCGCAAAGCCCUUACUCAAUUCUAGGUUAACUAGCAAAAAAUUUUUAUUUGUUUUAAAUUUUAUUUAUUAGAUUUUAAAAAAUUAAAAAAUUUCAAAGGAAAAAUCAAUAUAAUUUAAUCUUUAUUAAGAUUUAAUAAAAUUAAUUGUAGAUAACAUCAUAAUCACCCUCUAAUUAUUGUUCUAUUACAUUUUUGGUCGCCAAUAAAAGGGGUUAAUUUUUUAGGAAUUAGGUUUUUCUAAAGAUUUUACUUGCUAAUCAAAGAAAGAGUUAACAGCAUUUUAGAGAAAAGUUUUAGAACUGACUCUUUUACUUAUUCUGGACAAGUUUAUGCAAAAAAAAUAAACAAACUACCUAUAAUAUCAAGCCAUAAGCCUAAGAUAUCUAAAACAAAUGAAAAAAAAGUAGCUGAGAAUAACUCUCCAAAAAGCCCAAAUUUAUCAUAUUAUAAAUCAAAAAAAGAAAAAAUAUAUGAAAUUUUCGAUCAAACCAUAAAUGACUUUAAACUAAAAUCUGUAUUUAAUUACGAUCGAGUAGAUACUGCAAAUGUUUUAGACAAAUAUUUAAUUGAUUACAAUAAUUCUUGGAGUUUGGAAGCAAUAAAAUUAAGCAAAAAAUCUGGCCUAUAG